AUGAGAAAACUCCUGCAGGUCCUCCUCUUACUCUACUGGCUGGAUAAGGGUCAGUCUAGCCAUAGCUGCAGUCUCCAGGGCUGGCCGAUGGAAACAUUCUCACAGUCCGGGGAUAUUCUGAUUGGUGGAGUUUUUGUGGUUCAUUCAGGAAUCAAUUUCCAACAACCAACUUUCCAUAAGAGGCCAAAACCAGUUUCUUGUACAGGGUUCCACAUUCGUUACUAUCGGGAUGUUCUGGGCCUCAUGUUUGCAGUAAAUGAAAUUAACAAUUCUCCGGAGCUGCUGCCCAAUAUCACUCUUGGCUUCAGCGCAUUGGAUUCCUGUAUGUCGGAGCCUCAGGCGGUGGGAGCAGUUCUGUCCCUGCUGUCAGGACUUGGAAACUCCUUUCCUGGGUAUAACUGUCAUACAUCUUCAGCCAUGGUUGGCAUUGUAGGUGACGAGUAUUCCUUUUUAUCUAUUCCUAUUGCCCAGAUAACUGGCGUCCUUCAUUUCCCACAGAUAAGUCAUGGGGCCACUUUGUCGACUCUCAGCAAUAAAUUCUUAUUUCCAUCAUUUUUUCGCACGGUAUCCAGCAUAGAUCCGAUAAUGGCUUUUGUUGACCUCUUUGGCAGCUUUGGUUGGACUUGGGUCGGCAUGUUGAUGGCGGACGAUGAUGUUGGGCAUUACGGUGGACAAAUUAUACAAAAUAGGAUAAAAAGGAACGGAGGCUGUAUCGCUUUUUUCGAGAAGAUCCAUCUGAGUUAUUCAGACAAACAGAUGAAGAGAGUGGUGGACGUAAUUAAAAGAAGCUCCGUCAAUGUGAUUGUUCUGCACAGCCCGGACGUCCAUAUUAAGGCCCUGCUAGAUGCUUUGUUUAAUGAGGGCGCUGCUGGAAAAAUCUUCAUUGCUUCAGAUUAUUUUGGACUUUCUUCUGGAGAUUUCUCCAAGAAAGCCUUGAAGGUUCUCAAUGGGACAAUUGGACUGAUUCCACGCACUGGCACCAUGCCAGAGUUUGAGGAAUUCCUUCUAAACCUUCAUCCAACUGGCAACCCAAGUUACCCAUUUAUUAGGCCAUUUUGGGAGAAGGCUUUCAGCUGUCAGUGGACUAAUGAAGGUAGCGAGAGGCCAAAUACUCCCCAUAUAAAGGCAAAUGUGACCUGCACUGGAGAAGAAGACCUGGGAGGUAGGGUCGCCCAGUUAUUUGAAACAAAUGAUCUCAGCUACACCUAUCAUGCCUACCUGGCUGUGUAUGCCUAUGCACAUGCUCUGCAUUCACUGCUUGGCUGUAAUACUGGAUCAAAUGGGUUUUAUAAUUAUGGGACAUGUGGAAAUAUCAGUGACGCGCAACAUUGGAAGGUGAUCCGUUAUCUCAAGAAAACCAAGUUCCACUCAAAGUCUGGGCAGAUGAUGAAGUUUAAUGCCCAGGGGGACCUUCCUGCUUCCUCAGAUGUCUUGAACAUGCAGAUCCUCAAUGACAGCUUCAACCUGGUGAAAGUAGGGAUGAUUGACAUAGAAGCCACCUUGGGUGAGAAGAUCAGUGUGAACUUCAGCGCCAUCCUCUGGAACAAUCACUUUUUACAGAUGCCGAUCUCUGUCUGCAGUAACAGCUGUCGGCCUGGGUACAGGAAAGUCCCUUCGCAAGGAAGACCCAUCUGCUGCUAUGACUGCAUCCCCUGCUCUGAGGGAGAGAUGACCAAUUACACAGAUGCGGAUGAGUGUUUCAGAUGUCCCUCCGAUCAGUGGUCCAAUGAGGAUAGGGACAGGUGUAUCCCAAAGGCUGUAGAGUUCCUAUCAUAUGAUGAACCGUUGGGAAUCACUCUGGUGUUAACAGCUGUCAUCUUGUCAAUCUUCACACUCAGCAUCUUAAUUAUCUUCAUUCAGUAUCGAGAAACUCCCAUCAUCAAAGCCACCAAUAGAGAGCUGAGCUACAUCCUGCUGGUGUCUCUCAUUCUCUGCUUCCUCUGUUGCCUGGUAUUCAUUGGUCAACCGUCAACUUUUAGUUGUCUCCUAAGACAAACCUUCUUCAGUGUGGUCUUCUCCAUCAGUAUCUCCUCAGUCCUGGCCAAGACUAUUAUGGUGAUCCUUGCCUUUAAGGCCACCAGGAUAAACAGUUCAUUAAGAAAAUGGCUGGGUCCAACUAUCCCUCGUAAUGUUGUUGGGAUCUGUUCUGUUUUGCAGAUCAGCAUUUGUUCAUUUUGGCUAUACAGUUCCCCCCCUUUUCCCAUACUGAACAACAAAAGUCAAAAGAUAAUAUUUGAGUGUAAUGAAGGACAGAAAGUAUUUUUCUACAUGACUCUGGGGUUUAUGGGCUUUCUGGCCAUGAUCAGUUUUCUAGUAGCCUUCCUGGCAAGGAACCUUCCGGGAAGCUUCAACGAGGCCAAACUGAUCACCUUCAGCAUGCUGGUCUUCUGCUGUGUCUGGAUCUCCUUCAUCCCAUCCUAUCUGAGCACCAGUGGCAAGUACACCGUGGCUGUUCAAAUAUUUGCUAUCUUGGCCUCCAGCGCUGGACUGUUAAGUUGUAUAUUUCUUCCCAAAUGUUAUAUUAUCUUGCUGAGACCAGAGAGGAACAAUCGAGAUUUCAUAUCAGGCAGUAAAGAGAGAAGGAAUUGGAUUAAAUAA